UUUGGCGAAAGGGAUUAGGGCUCUAUCCAUGCCCAAACGAGCACUCUUCCUCUCCUUUCCCCUUUCCUCUCUUUUUUCAGGUUUCUUUGAUCACCACCUCUACACCGAACCUCUAUAUCUGGCGACCUCAUGUUUUCACAACUCUGCGAUGGGCAUUGGCGGCUUGUGGCCUUUCCUGAAAAAGAAAGGGUAUGAGGCUACUAUGCGCUUUGAACACUCUGUUCUCCCCAGUCCUUUUUAUAGCGGCCCGAUGCGUCAAGUAGACAUCAAAAAAUAAUAAUAAAGAAGAAGAAGAAACCGACAAUGAGUGCAACGAG